UUCAUUUGGAAUUUCCGCUUGUUGAAGACCUCAAGGCCUCUUUUCCCUCGGUUAACCAGAAACGUCACGCCAGCUUGUGUGAACUGACAGGUUCCUACUGCAAACAAAAACUGAAAGGCUAAGGAGUAUGGACGACGACGUGCUUACAACUCUGAAAAUACUGAUAAUUGGAGAAAGCGGUGUGGGGAAGUCAAGUCUACUCUUGAGAUUCACAGAUGAUACGUUUGAUCCAGAACUUGCAGCCACCAUUGGUGUGGAUUUCAAAGUAAAAACCAUUUCGGUGGACGGUAACAAGGCGAAGCUCGCAAUAUGGGACACAGCUGGCCAAGAGCGCUUCAGAACGCUGACACCUAGCUACUAUCGUGGCGCUCAGGGAGUUAUCCUGGUGUAUGAUGUUACGAGACGUGACACUUUUGCCAAGCUUGAUAACUGGCUAAAUGAGCUGGAGACGUACUGUACAAGAAAUGACCUCGUGAAAAUGCUGGUUGGAAACAAGAUUGAUAAAGAAAACCAUGAGCUUGACAGGAACGAAGGCCUGAAGUUUGCGAGAAAACAUUCCAUGCUUUUUAUAGAGGCUAGCGCGAAGACCCGGGACGGAGUGCAGUGCGCGUUCGAGGAGCUGGUGGAGAAGAUCAUCCAGACCCCGGGGCUGUGGGAGAGCGAGACGCAGGGUCGGGGGGUGCAGCUGUCCGACGAGGAGGGGCACGCCCGGGGCGGCUGUGGGGGGUACUGCUCCGUGCUGUAAAACCCCCCCGCAGGAGAACCCCCCUCCCCCUUAAACACCACGCAUUACGGCAGAUUUAAGGAGAGAGAGAAAAUAAAGAGAAAACAGACGAGGAAGGCAUCAUUUUUUUAAAACCGUUUGAACAGCCUCUGAAGUGUAAAUAGUCCUUGCACGUUUUUCGCGGCUGUGCUCUUAGGGACGUCGCCGCUUGCACACUUCCCCUCCGUAUCAUGGCAGCGCUCGGCGAUCGUUAAGCACCCGCCCCGCCCUCAUCCCGCCAGACGACGUUCGCUGAGCCCGUCCGCUCCGCCCCUUGCAGUCCCCGCCCCCCCCUAAGCACAGCUGCCCUCACCAUGGCGAUGGCUGGCGAACACGAUGUAGGUGUUUGUCCCUGAAGUGGAGAGGGCAGAACAUUCAGAGGCUCUAGUGUGAACAGUCAGUGGCAUUUAUCCAUCCAUGCUGCCUUUUACCAUUUUAUUUCAUUGUUUUUUUUGUUUGUUUGUUUGUUUUUUUCUUCGUUUUAUCUUGUGUUCUUGGUGACACGUUUCUGUUCUAGGACACAAAAA